AUGAAUCAAGGGGCUUCUUCAAGGAACGCAGCUGUCCUUAAAUUCCUUCGACAGAUUGUCCCUCCAACAAGAAAUGUGGAGAACAGGAGGGGCUGGCAAGCUGUACUUUCUGUAAAUCGCACGGUCAGUCAUCUCGGCAGCUUAACCCACGGAGUACCAACAGGAUGGUCUUACCAGCAAUAUGAAGUAACGGACACUAUCCAACUAGGUGUUUGUGAGAUGUUGUCCCUCCUUUGGAUAUGCUGUUCCUAUGGCCUGGUGACAACAGCUCCAACCGUACAUCUGCCUCUUAACGCCCAAGUGCCGUCGCUCGCACGGGCAGGGCAGCAUUAUAGCUUUGGCUUUUCCAAUUCAACCUGUGUCCCAUCGACUGGCUCGGUCAACUAUCAACUCUCCGAUCCUCCGCCAUGGCUUGCGCUAAAUGACCAGACCUGUAUGCUCUUCGGCACUCCAGCCGAAAAAGACGUCGGAUCUUUUCUCAUCAGUUUGGUCGCCGCUGACCCUACAGGAUCCAUCAUAAUGCCGUUUACCCUCGUCGUAACCGAGGAAAUGGGGCCUAAUGUCGGGCUUUCUAUCGCAGACCAACUCCCAGCUUUUGGGGCGUUCUCAAGUCCAAGUAGUAUCCUACUUGCCCCGUUGACUUCGUUGUCUAUAACCUUAUCUCAGAGCACUUUCACCAAUACGGACGAAUCAACUGCCUAUUACGCGAUCAGUGUUGAUCGCACGCCCUUACCUUCUUGGAUACACUUCGAUCCGCCAUCCCUGUCAUUUUCCGGGACAGCACCGCAGGCGACAUCUGGACAGGACGUGACUCAGACGUUUGGAGUCUUACUUAUAGCCUCAAAUUGCAUUGGCUUUGCAGACGCAGUCCUAAAUUUUGAUAUCGUGGUGGAGAAUCAUCUGCUAGCCUUUCGAAGUUAUGCACAGGUGCUCAACGUUAUUGCGGGAUUGCAGAUCGCUACAAAAUCAAUCAUACAGAGCCUGAUGCUUGAUGGAAGGGCUCUGGACCCAUCAGAUAUAAAGCAGGUCUAUGCAGAUACACCGUCUUGGUUGUCGUUAGACCACAGUUCCCUUGAACUUGAGGGCAUUCCACCGCCGGAUUUCAAAACCCGCAACUGCACAAUUACGGUCACGGAUCAGUACGGUGAUUCUGCGUCUACGAUAGUGACACUCCAAUUAAGAAAGUCCACUGAUAGUACUCUAUUGGAUCCAAUCGGCUCUGUGAAUGCAACGCAAGGGGUUGAUUUCGUCUACGACAUUAACAGGAUGAUUAUAUUUUCCGAUGUCGACAUUAAUGUUGAUUUAGGACUCGCUUCGACAUGGCUAAAGUUUGACAGACAAAGCUUGAAAAUCAUAGGCUUCGUACCUCCCACAUUGGAACCCCAGCAGGUAGUCGUAAACAUUACUGCGGAUCAUGGAGAUCAGAGCCAAUCAGAGAUCCUCGCAAUUGCUGUCCAAAGUGCGAGCUCAGAAUUGAAGCCUGGGCUAGUUCCAAUGCCGUCCUCAACGCAUGUUAUAGUCAAUAAUGCACAUCCGUCAUCUGCUGUCUCUGCAUCGAAGGUUCCCUUAGAGCGAAGAUUCAUACCUGCCAUCAUCGUCCCUUCGAUGUUUCUGUUGGCAAUGUGCCCAAUGGCUCUCUGUUGGCGCAAACGAAGCAAACGUAAGCAACAGUCUUCUAUUGAGGCCUAUAAGACAGCAUCAAAUCAAAGUCCGUCCCCAAUCUCGAUGGUCGAAAAGAUUUCUCAGGCCCCAAAGCCCGCUGGCAUGAGCGGCGGCAUCGGUGCAAAGAAAGAAUCAAGGAUUUCACUCCCGCACCGGAUUUCACAUAUAUCGCUAUUCGAAUCCAUCGCAAGCCACAAACGAGUGUCCAAAGGCCAAAUUUCCAAACCAAAGGAAGAUGAUUGGUAUCAGAGACUCAAUAUUAAGCCAUCAAGGAUCGAGAGCUCUCCUUCAGAAAUUGUAAAGGACUGUACAGGCGGCGAUCAAACUCAGACUGCGGCACAAGCAUGUGCUGUACCGACAGUAGGAGCGCAACAAACCAUUCUCCGCGCAGAAAGGUCUUUCGAAGCCUUGAAAGCUUCCGGUUUUUUUAACACGACUCUGGUAAAAGGUGUUGGCCAUGGAAAACCCACUCCUUCCACCAGUUCGCUCGAUACUCCAUCUCGCACAAGGAGUCAGUGCCUUAUCGAGGAUCUUCUGACACCGGCAAAUAUGGGAUCUGGGUUGGUCAGAAAAUCCUGGAAAACCCUUGAAGAAAAAGCGAGGUCUAGUGGACUUUAUGCCUCCACUACCGGAUCAUCAAACCAGGCACCAUACCUUGCGCAAGACCCUACCAUUCGACAUGUUCCUCCCUCUUCAUCUGCAAGCGGUACGUCUCCACGGACUCCACCCGGAACGGGCGCCACGCGUCUUGAUAUUCCAAAGAGUCGCCGAAAGCGCCAAUCUAAGAACCCAUUUCUUUUGUCCUCCGCACGCUCAAUUCACAGCCACAGAUUCCGUGGAUCGCGGAGUCGAUCUUCCUCACUACAUCCUCCCGAGAUCCCAACUCUAUCUAAAGCCGAGGAGUCUCAGGGACGGACGCCUCGGUACCUCGAGACUAAGGUCGAACCUAGAGUUACCAACGUACAGGAAGGCUACCCCGAAUCGGUCUUUGAGAAGAGCUCUAGGUUCGAAAGCCCAAUGUCCAGUCAACACUUCGAUCAUAGAUCGGCGAAUAAACUGACCGAGAAAGACGUUCAAGCUGGUCUCUCACCAUCAGAUCAGGGAUACAAGCGCCAGAGAGACACAAUGACGGCUUGGGCAAGCUCAUUGGCCCUUGAAUUUGAAGACGACAAUUUCAUGGAAGGAGAUGUCCGCACGACUGGCCCUGAAGAUGAAAAACCAACAGAUAUACGGGGAAAUUAG